AGUGCCGAACUGACUCGACGUUGGCAACACUUGCGCCUUCCGACAUGAAGAACGUUCCACUUUGCUCGCAGCUGUCCUCUUCAUUUUCGCUAAGCGAGUGAUGUGCAUCGCAACCGACGACGCUUACACCUUUCACGUUCACACUCUGUCGGCGGACACAACGAGAAGACAAACGCCACACAUUUUGCCACUGUAAACUAUCGUUUUGCGCUCGUUCGAUGCGCUCAAUCAUGACGCAAACGCUUUCGACCGCAUCUCAAAAAGCAUCGAAGAAAAGCGGCUAAAGACGCCGUCGACUGUUUCACGCACACUAAAAUCAACGGCUGUUGAAACUCGACACGGUUCAUCACCCCUUGUUAGGCCCAUCUUUUUCAAUACGCUUUUGCCGUGCGUUGUUGUUGCCCGUAGCAACGCGCCACAUCCGCAUCAUUUCAUCAUGGAACAAUGUCGCCAAUUAUACCAGGAAGCUCAACGCACCUUAGAAGACACGAACCAAUUGGAGAUUUUCUGCCGUUUCACGUGGGACCAGCUCUUGUGCUGGCCACCUACCAGACCCGGCCACAUAGUCCACUUGCCGUGCCCGCCGCUCAAAGGCAUCGAUCCGACUCAAUGGGCGGAAAGACGGUGCCUGGAUUCGGGUCUUUGGGAAGGUCCGCCACCAACGACGGAUGGCAACGAGGCGGCGGCCGUGGCCCUACUCGAUGAUCACGACAUGACCAAUCACCAGCAACAACAAGGUUGGACCAACUACAGUCAGUGUUUUCUACCUGAAAUACGAGACCUGAUGAACACGUUGGACAGCGGCAGCCAACAAGACGCAGAGGACAAACUGAUGGUGGCUCAAAUGACAAGGAUUAUGGAAUUGACUGGACUGACCAUAUCGCUCAUCUCCUUGAUGAUUUCCCUCUUCAUUUUCACCUACUUCAGGAGUUUACAAAAUCACCGGACUCGCAUUCACAAGAACCUGUUUGCCGCCAUCGGCAUCCAGGUCAUCAUCCGCAUGACUCUUUACAUGGAUCAAGCCGUCUUCGUCUCUGGGCUGCAGGUGGGCGGCGGCCGUCAAACGCUCAUCGAUUCCAGCAUAGUAGCACUCGGCGCUGGAGGCAUUCACGAAACCCCGAUCUUGUGCGAAUGGUUUUACAUCGUCCUCGAAUACGCCCGCACCACCAUGUUCGUCUGGAUGUUUAUCGAGGGCCUAUUCCUGCACAAUCUCAUCACGGUGAUGGUUUUCCGGCCGGACACGUAUCACAAACUCUACCUCGUACUUGGUUGGGGCAUCCCCGUUAUUUUGACGGCCAUCUGGGCAGCAUUCACCGCCACUCAUCAGACAACUUCAGCUUGCUGGUUGGGCUACAAUCUGACGCCACUCUACUGGAUCCUAGAAGGACCACGGCUCACCAUCAUUUUCAUCAACUUGCUCUACCUGCUCAAUAUCCUGCGCGUGCUCGUCACUAAACUUCGCAACAGUCAAUGCAGCGAAGCCGAACAAUUAAGGAAAGCCGUCAAAGCGGCCAUGGUGCUGUUGCCGCUGCUGGGCAUCACCAACGCUUUGGUGAUGAUCAAGGCCCCGUUGCAUCGAUCGACGGCUGAAUUCGCUCUCUGGUGCUACACUUCUCACUUUCUCUCUUCGUUCCAGGGUUUCUUUGUCGCGUUGCUCUACUGCUUCCUCAACGGCGAGGUGCGCUCCACUUUAGCGAAGAAAAUGCGCAACUACCUGACGGACCGUCAAAUAGGCACUUCCUUUUGGGGUUUCGGUACUGGAUCGACGCGUCUCAUGAGUCAAUUUGCCAAUCCGUCCACUCAAGUGGAAGUGGAACGCGAGGUGCGCACCGUACUCGACGACCAGCAACAACUGCAACAAUUGCAGCCGGCCUCGUCUUUUGAAAAACAUCCGCGUCACCUUCUAAGGGCCUCGUUUUCUUCGUCCUGUCUGGCUGCUCAACAGCACCACGACAACAGUCUAGAGCCCAUUAACAAAAUGAUGGCCACUACGCUAGUCUAAACGAGACUCUCUCUCUCUCUCUCUCUCUCUCUCUCUCUCUCUCUCUCUCUCUCUCUCUCUCUCUCUCUCUCUCUCUCUCUCUCUCUCUCUCUCUCUCGUACCACCCACCUAAACGGCCAAACCACAUCAAUAAACAAACACACACACGUUUACGUACCUUUGGCACGCGCAGUUUUCUUUCUUGUUUUUUAACUGGUUAUGAAUAUUCGAACAUUCACGUUUAUGAACCGGCUUCUAUACGCAAAUGUUGACACAUCAAUUUAAUUCCGUUUUCUUUUAUGCAUGUGUGUGCUCACGUUUGGACGAUCGCAUCGUACGAAGAACAGACCGCCGUCUAUCACUUCCCAAACCUUCCACGAAAUUCCUAUUCGAUCAACGUCAAACGACAUAAUAUGACCCGAGAUCAUUAUUAUGUGUCACGGCUCAUGCAAAUGCAGCCGAUGGCCGUCUAGCAGCACGCGCGCCCCAUUUCUCCCCCUCCCCUCCUUGUUCCAUGGACGUGAACAACGCGUGUCCAGCCCGCCAGCCAUACGGUUAAAUAUAAAAUGUGACCAGCCGUUCAUCACAUUACAAAACAUUUAAAAAAAAUUUAAUCCUCUUUCUGUUUGAUGUGUGUCGCCAUAUGAUUCAUUUUGUUGGUCUUUCAAUUAUUGGAUGUCACCAUCUCUGUGUCUACCCGCCCAUCAACAAUGUUACGUGUACUACAUGAUGACGCCGCAUGAAUAUAUAAUAUCUAUGAUGUAUAUCUAUCGGACAAAUAGACGUUAUACGU